GGAAGAAGCGGACACAGUCUGCAUCGCUGCAUAUUUACUGGGAGUAACGAGUUUUAUUCAGUGGGAUUUACUCUGAACUUCUCUCAGUCUCCACAUCCGGACCUGAAGCAUGGAGGAGCUGCGGAGAGCACCUGUGUCUGCUCUCUCUGCCUACCGUUCAAUGGCGCCACGUGGAGGUCCACAUGAGCAGCCACCCUGCCUAGCCCACAGCCCGACUGUCUCCCCCGGAAGCCAGAAGAUAAAGAAACGGCGUACUAAGAGGCGAACACCCGGGGCUUGCCCCGUUCCUUCAGGGGCCGCCAAUGGGGAACAUCCCUUAGACUCCCAUCCUGUCCCGACGGUGGUGGAUGCUGCAGCAGCGAAGCUAGCAAAGAGACGGAGGAUGAAACUGCGCUCUCGUCUUGUGGCUACCUCAUCCGGCCCAAGAGUGGCGCUGCAGGAGAACCGUGAACGGAGUCCGAUGGCGGGCGAAAGUUGCUCGGCUGCGGCUGCACCACCAGCGGCGGGACAGGAAAAGGAGCGAGCUUCUGCCCAGCAGUUUCAGGCAGGCCCCUCGCUCCGGCACCUCCUUCAGGAGCUGGGGGAGGUCCAGCACAGCCGGGAGAAGGCAGCCAGGCUCUUCGAGUGGCUGAUCGCCCCCGUCUCCUCACAGCGGUUCUUCGGCCAGCACUGGGAGAAGAAGCCCCUCCUCAUCCGCCGGCGCAACCCGGCUUACUACCAGGGGCUCUUUUCCACGGCCGAGUUUGAUGCCGUCCUGCGCGACCAAGAGGUCCAGUUCGGUGUGAACUUGGACGUGACUAGCUACGAAGACGGGAAGAGGGAGACGCACAAUCCGCUGGGCAGGGCCCUGCCGGCCGUGGUGUGGGACUUCUACCGGAACGGCUGCUCCCUCAGGAUGCUGAACCCCCAGGCCUUUUCUGCCACAGUCUGGCACUUCCUGUCUCUCUUGCAGGAGCAGUUUGGCAGCAUGGUCGGAGCCAACACUUACCUGACUCCUGCCGGCACUCAGGGCUUUGCUCCUCAUUAUGACGACAUCGAAGCCUUUGUCGUCCAGCUCGAAGGGAAGAAGCACUGGCGGGUUUACAGCCCUCGGAAAGAAGCGGAGGUGUUGCCCCAGUUUUCAAGCCCCAACUUUGCUCAGGAGGAGAUCGGGGAGCCGGUUCUGGAAACCGUAUUAGAGGCUGGGGACCUGCUGUAUUUUCCACGGGGGUUUAUCCAUCAAGGGGACUGCCUCCCCGAUGCCCAUUCACUCCACAUAACUGUCUCCUCGUUCCAGAGAAACUCCUGGGGAGACUUGUUGGAAAAACUCCUUCCUGCAGCUUUGCAGAUGGCCAUUGAGGAGGAUGUGGAAUACCGCCAGGGUCUCCCUACAGAUUACCUGGCAUACACAGGAGUCGUGAACUCCGAUGUGAUUGAUCCUCGCAGAACCGCCUUUAUGAAAAAGGUCCAGACUUUGAUCACUAAACUAAUGAACUAUGCACCAGUCGACGCUGCGGUGGAUCAAAAAGCCAAGGGUUUCUUCCACGACUGCCUCCCUCCAGUGCUGACUGAGACUGAAAAGACGCUCAGUGUAUAUGGACUUCCUGCCCGGUGGGAGAAUGGAGACGUGCGAGACGUCGACGUCCCAUUCAGUGAAAAUACGCAAGUACGGUUGCUUCGGUAUGGAAUCGUCAGGCUGUGCAACGAAGGAGACAAAACACUGCUGUAUUACACCGCAGAAAAUUCAAGGGUGUAUCAUAAGGAGGAGCCCAAGUACUGUGAAAUCGAGCCAGAAUAUACAGAUGGUAUUGAAUUCUUGCUCUCUUCUUACCCGAAGUAUGUCAGUGUGGAAGACCUUCCAUGUGUCACCUUGGAUGAUAAGAUUGCUUUAGCCACUGUUUUGUUUGAAAAGGGAUUGCUGAUUACUAAGAGCCCUCUGUUUUCUGCGUAAUGUGUCAUGGAUGAACAAAAUAAAUAUGUUCUGAAUU